AUCACGUUCACAGAUUUUGCCAUGGAGAGUCAUCCAAACUGUGACUUUGACUACUUGACAAUCUACAACGGUGCCAGCGUAAGUUCACCACAGAUCGGUAGAUACUGCGGAAACAACGGCCCUCGACCUUUCACCUCCGGCAGCAGGUAUCUGUUGCUGUACUUCCAGACAGACGUCAGUCAAUCGGCUAUGGGCUUCAGGGCUACCUACACCACGGAUGGCUUGGGAUGUGGAGGAAUUCUCCAUGGUAACUCUGGUACCCUCAUGAGUCCCAACUACCCCCAGAACUAUCCUCACAAUCUGGAGUGUGAGUGGACCAUCAAUGUGGACCCUGGCUACCAUGUGUCCCUCAACUUUGACCCCAAUUUCUUCAUCGAAGCUCACAGCAACUGUAUCUACGACUAUGUUAUGAUAAGAGAUGGUCCGAGUGAGCAGGACCCUCUGAUCGGCACCUACUGUGGUAACACCAUCCCGCCUGCCUUCAACACGUCCACCAACUUCCUCUGGAUACGCUUCUACACCGACCAGAGUGUCACCAACACCGGCUUUGUGGCCAGAUGGCAGGCUGUGGACUCACAAUGUGGAGGGACAUUCAAUGCCACCAGUACCCCUCAAACUCUGACGUCGCCCAACUACCCCGGCAACUACCCCCACAACCUCAACUGUCGCUGGACCAUCCAAGCUCCGGAUCCUGCACAGAGGCUCCGGAUCAAGAUCACAGACAUGCAGAUCGAGGCUCAUCCCCAAUGUCAAUACGAUUACCUCCAGCUGAGGGACUACCCUAUGGACGACACUGGUCGUACGUUGACGUACUGUGGUAGACAGCUGAUAGAGUUUGACUCUCGCAAGCCCACGCUGCAACUUAACUUCCGAACUGACGUGAACUCAGCUGGCCGAGGAUUUUAUCUGACUUAUGAGAUAGCAUCUUGCAGUCGCAACAUCACUGCGGACAAUGGGCGAUUGGUCAGCCCCGGUUGGCCGGACAACUAUCCACACAACUCGGACUGUCGCACCAUCCUGAGAAACCCCGGCAGAUACAUCGCUGUGUACUUCAACGACUUCUAUAUCGAGCCGCAUCCCAACUGCGCUUAUGACUACCUAGCAUUCUACAAUGGCACGUCGACGUCAGACACCCAGCUGGCUAAGUACUGCGGACAGACCAUCCCUGACCCCAUCUUCCCUCAGAGUGAUGUCAUCCUGAUGCAGUUUGUCACUGAUGCCUCUGUGGCCCACGCCGGCUAUGACCUCACCUUCUCCACUUCUAGAGUAUCCAGUGGUUGUGGAGGAAACCUGAUGGCCACCCAGGGUAGUUUCACCAGCCCAGACUACCCCCAGCCGUACGCGCACCAGCAGACCUGUAACUGGCUGAUCAGAGUCGCCGCCGGCCGCGUCAUCACGCUGCACUGGGACGUGUUCGAUAUCGAGGCCGAAACCAACUGCAACUACGACUCCGUGGCAGUUUACAACGGAGCAAAUGCACAAGCACCUCUAGUGGGAAGAUACUGUGGCAAUACUAACCCAGCAGAUUACACGUCCACCUCGAAUAUGCUAUAUAUCCGCUUCACAGCUGACCAGUCUGUUACCGGAGCUGGCUUCAGAAUCGUCUACUCAUCAUAGUGCUGUGCAAUUUCAGAGGGGAAGUGAGGUUACUUCAGCCGUUGUUAGAAAUCACCCAACUUUGCCAUCAGCCACCAAGUUAUAGCAUACAGUACCUCACAAGAUACGAUGUUCAACAUAGACUGAUCUUUGUGGCACCUUCUAACCAAAUACAUUCCCUGUGACACCUUCAUCCAGAUGGGCAUUUUAUGACAUUAUGUUUGAUAUAAGACUAUGCACUAUAGGAAGACCACAUGUAUAUCAGCACAUUGUGAGCUGUUAGUUAGUUAGAUAGUUAGUAGCUAAAGUAGGCUAAAUGGUGAGUUACCUGCACUCGUGUGAUAUAACUGCUUUCAAAGAUUCUUAUUGUAAAUCAAAACGAGAAUAUCUGUAAUAAAUGUGAAGAUUAUGAGGAUGUGUACUACUUAAAUGCUUAAAAAUAGGAUCAUAUCAUAACAGCUUUGUGUGUAUUAACACCUUGAUGUAUUCAUAUAUUUCACAAAUGUCUAUCAGUACAUGUAUCAUUCACACUGCCGUCUGCAGUGCAAUGCAUUAACUGUAGCCCAUGCAUAUGCCACCAAUAGAUGCUGUAGGUAUAUAUUUCUUAAAAAUGAAAUUUUGCAGCCUAGUGGGUGCAUUCCUAUGACUUAUAACUUUCGUAUGUUUAAGACUUGAUUAAUCCAAAUUUCCCACCCCAAAAUUAAACUUCAUGCAAGUCUGUGAAAUUUGGUUGAAAAAUUCAAUUGCUAAUGCCAGCUGUAGGCACUAAGUUUUAACCAUCUAAGUUGUAUGCCCUAUUUGCCAACAGAUAAGACUGUACCUGGCCUGUCGUUGAGCUGUCACACUGUACACAAUGUUGUAUAUCUGCCUAACUCAGUGCUCUGCUUAUAGUAUCACUGUAUUAGUUGUCCUUGCUACAAGUUAAAGGCAUCCAAUGCAGUUUUAGGCUGGCAAAACAAAGAUAUUCUAAAUUAGGAUCAUUUACUGUCAUUUUUUGGCACAUUUCCGUCAUUAUUUCAUACUUGAAGUAUUUGAAAUAUCCCCAAAACAAGCUAUGAAAGGCGUUUAUUUUUUUGUACCAUUUAAAAAUAACUAGAACCAGCCUAUCAUCGAAAACAAGCAAUCGUUUCUGUCAGUGAAUCACAUUUUUAUCUCACAGAUAUCAGUAUGCAAUAAGAUAGAAUUGAUUCAACUAACUACAAUAAAAGAAUGACCAGAAAAUUGACUUUAAAACAUCUGUGUUGUUGUCCUGAAAUCGCAUUGGAUGCCUAUUUAACAUAAAAUUUAUGAGCACCAAGGAAUUAUAUUGGUGUGGCCUUAGUAUGACUGACUAUGAGUUCUAAACCACCUCCAUUCCUCCAAUAGAUACUAUCUCUGCAGGCGGGGGUACUGUAUAUGAAAAUGUACCGUACAAUAAAGGUCUUUACCAUCAAAGCUGUAUUCUUAGAUGACAUGUUAUAUACGUCCCUAUCCUAGUAUAAUUCUUUCGAUGUAGGUGUGAAUACAAAGCUUAGUGAUGCAUGGAUCACAAGUUAUGUAAAAGCCAUAUUAGAAUGUCUUGUCCAGUUAAACAUUUUAGAAGGUGGGGGUCAAACUCUAGAAGAGAAUAUUUUGCUGCCUUUAGCAUUCGUAACAUGUCAAAAGGGUACAAUAAGCGUUCAAGAAGUUCUGGAAAAAGAUUAAUUUUCUAUGAUAUCCUUUGACAUAAAGACUGUAAGAGGAAACUGGGCAAGACAUUGUUGAUGUGGCUUAAGUAGAAGUGGCAUCAAUGAAAUUUGUACAUUUGUUUGAAAAAAUAUUGCUUUUUAUUUCUUCCUCUCUUCUACUAUUGCUGCUGAAGGCAUCCGCAGACCAUUUUUCUGUGUAAUCACAUUAAAGAAAGAGAAUUUUCGUCUACAGAGCACACAUGUAAUUAUGUUGAUUCCUCAAACUGUGAUAACAAAUAUGAAAGUCCGUCUAGCUAAGUAGGAAUUUAUUUUUAUAAAUGGGGAUAAAUGAUGUGAUUUUAAACGAACAAUUGUGUCAGAUGUGUUAGUUUAGUUUUGAAGGUGUACAAAAAUUGGAGAAAGUUAUUCUAUUCUUCUGCAAUGUGCAAUUUUUUAUCAAUGAAUAAAGGAGCAGGUCAUAUCA